GCCGCCAUGGCCCACGCGCUGAUGCCCUUCGUCAGAGGGCCCGAGGACCGGCAUUACUUCACCAGUUUCCUGGACCAACGCCAGGCCGCCUUCACCCGCUGGAGCCCGUUCGCCGAGGCGCCCGACGACAACUACCCGCUGGCCCCGCUCCGCCGCGACGUGCCGCUCGUCGACCCCUGCUCCGGCUUCGUGAGCGCGGGCGCGGACGCCGACCUGGAGACCGGGGUGAAGGCCAUCCCCAGCCUGGUCGACCUGAGCGGCGAUGUCAGGCCCAACCACCGCGCCCCCAACCCCGCGGGCCGCUCGCAGACGCCGCCCAACUUCCCGUCCUUCCUGGAGUACGAGACGGCCGACGACAAGCAGUGGAACUCGCGGGCCGUGUCCACCGCAGCCCUGCGAGCCAGGGAGGGAGGUUGGACAAGUCCAGUGAGGGUUACACCAUCAUCUCCCCGAGUACCUUCCUCUUUUAAAACCCAUAAUUUUAACUUUGUGGUGGAUCCUUCGGAACAGGUUCCAGGUGAUGGAUCUGAUAUUGAGAGAGACCUGAUAGCAAGGAAAUAUAUGUACACAUCAAUGACCCAAAGGAGUUAUGAGGACGUUCAUUGGGACGCCAAGUUGCCACCUAAAAUCAAACCACCAGAUGCAACGCAGGAAAAGAAGACUGACCGUGUCACGCUAAGUUCUAAUGCGAAUAGAUACGAACCAACUACUCAACAAUGGCAAGCUAUUACUGGAUUUGGAAUCUGGGACAAAUUUCAAUCUCGGCCCCUGAAUAACGUAACCAAACCAAUCACAUUCUCAAGCCCUUUUCCCAGAAUUCAUCAGAUCCCACUCUAUAGUGGCUGUUUUGGUGGUAUUAAUACAGAGAAUGUGGACAACCCUCAUGCUGAAUUUACCCCCUUCACAAUGGUUCGAACCCAAGCUCCAAAACAAUACCAAGAUGUAACUCAUCGUCCAAAUCUUCAUACGGAUAAGUGGCUAUGGCCAGCCACCCAAGGUGACUUCAGAACAUUUUCACCAACUGCAGACCAAAUGUAUGGGACUGGAUAUCCUCAAAGUGGGGAAGCAGCCUUGAAGUAUAAACAUCAUGCACCCUUCGCUAAGAUAGUGGCAACAAUUCCACCUUUUAAUCCUUUUAAUAAAAACCCACGCAGAGUACUUCGGAUCUGAAUAAAUGUAUGAUAAGAAAUCUGCAUGUGCAAAUUUGUGUAAAAAUGUAGGUCUAUUUUAUUUUGAAUGAGGUUAUGAAAUUCCUAUUUCUGUAAACUUUGUUACAUUUAUUUGUGUCACAGUUUAUAUAUAAUGUACUUUUUCAAUUGAUAAAUCUAACAAGCACACUUACAGUAUAAUAUAGUAAAAGCGAUUGUUCUUUUUGUUCUUUUGUGAUAUAAUGUGUCACGAGUGCUCUCUCGGACUACUUCACAGGAUUUUACACUCAUGAUUCCUAUGAGAAGUUCUCAGCAGCGGUCUGGUUAUCAAAUGAGUGCUUUCCUGCAAAGAGAUGGGAAAGAUUGAUGUCUGAAAAGGCCUCUUCUGCCCAUUCUCCUCGCAAAUCAAGCAAGAAUGGUAAUUGAAGGUGUAUGAUCCUCUGAUGCUGAGUUGAUAGACUAAUAAAAUGCAGGCUGACCUCAA